ACGAAACGAACCAUUGGUCUGUUGGUUGCCGUGUUGAAAUUUGAAUGUGUGUUUAAUAAUUUUGUUUGUUUCAUUUAAUAUAGCAAUAAACUCAUAAUGUAAACGAUUUGCCACGUAAUAAUUCCCAACUUGGGAAAAACAGAUUCCUAUGUGCUUUGGCUUUGGUCCACUGAAUCUGUGAACUAUCACUUUUCAUAAAAUAGUCCGAUAUUGUGUUUAAAAGUUGGAGAUGUCCUCUUCAGUCAAUACUAAAAAAGGAUGUAAAACAAAAAAGGAUGUAAAUGUUAAAAUAAAAAAUAAACUCCAAAAUAAACCAUCCCUGUUGAAAGAAGAUAAGAAGUGCAAGGAAAAUGAGGUUAAAGAAAACCACGUGAUAAGGGUCAACAUUGAAGAUAGCGGAAGUGGAACUGAUCUUUCUUCUCCUGGCUUAUGUUCUGCUCUUCAACUGGCCAAUGAAAUACAGGCUGCGUCUGCAGGAACUAGCGGAGUUCAGGAACUGAAAAUAUUUCAACAAAAACAGCUGGACAAAGCAAUCAAGCAGAAAGCAGUGAAGAAAACAAAUGUCCCUUUUACACAGCAUAUUUUCAAAAAUCUAGUUGAUCUUCACAUAAGUGACAAUGAUGUAGCAGCUAACAAGACCCCCCACAAGAAUGUCAACUUCUCAACCAACAAAGAUCCAGUGUUUCAUCUGGAAGACUUUUACAAACCAGACUUUUCUACUAAAGUUAGUGUUAAAGUUCCUAAUCAAAAGUUUCAAAUAGAUAAAAUAGAUUACUAUAACGGGUUUGAGCUGUACGAACGGCUCGAGUCUGUAAAAAAGUUGCAAGGUAAUAGUUGAGUUUCUUUUAGUUUUAAAGUAAAGUGAUGCAGUAUUGAUAGAAAGUAGGUUUUUUAUGUAAAAGACUAUUUAUAAGGAAUUUUAAUAAAGAUAUUUUGAAUUUAA